CUCUGUUGCCCAGGCUGGAGUGCAGUGGUGCAAUCUUAGCUCACUGCAGCCUGAACUUUUGGGCUCAAGUCAUCCUCAGCUUCCUAAAUAGCUGGGAUUACAGGCAUGAGCCACCAUGCCUGAUUAGUCCUAUUCUUGAAUCGUGUGUGUGUGUGUGUGUAUGUGUGUGUGUGUGUUCUUUGUCCUUCUCAAACUGCAGAGUCUGAUCACUGUUUUCUUCCUUGCAGGAAGCUCUAAGACAUGUCCAGCCUGCUCUUUGCUGUGAACCUGCAUUGAAAUAACUUGUCCUUCUGCCCAGGACUUCUGCUUGUUUAGCCAGAUGCAGCUGGGUGGGGGACCGGGCUGGGGACUGGACAGGGGCUGGGUGGAGAGAAUGGACAAAGGCGGUGGGUGGAAGGGGGGCAUGGAUGAGCCAUCCUGGGACUGGAGAUUGCCAGCCCUGCCUCAUAGCUCAGCCUGGUGCUGCUGGGGUAAAGGGCAGAGGGCAGCUGAACAGCAGAAGAGGCCCUGGAUUGGCCAGGGGGAUUGCUAUAGAGUGGGCAGAGGUCCUGGAGGGCUUGGAAAGCAGGGGCCUAAUCUCCCUUCCUCAAACUCUAUCCCUAGAAAAUGGGACUCUCAUUGAGAAGGGGUCACGUGUGGCCCCCGGAGAAUGCCAAGAAGGUGUCUACGCCCUGACCUAUGGCCCCCAUGCAAGCCUCUGGGUCAGCACAGCCUGUUGUGAAAACAACUGCAGCCGCCUUCCCCAGUAAGGAAUAAGUCGGCUCCAUGAACUGCACUGGGAAACAGACUGCAUGUGUCACCCUCCACGGGACCUGGAGUAGAGGGGGUCCCCAAAUUCUGAAGGGCUGUGCUACACCAGAGGUCUGCAACUUACAUGAGAAUGCCACCCUGGGUCCAGAAGACUCUGGAUUUCAUCUCACCACUAAGCCUGAAUGCAACUGCCUUACUCCUCCUACACAUCCAGGUCCUCAUGCAACUGUGACCCACACCAAAGCUGAGACCACCGUCUGCUUCACCUGCUGAGACCUCCACAGCUGUGGCCCCCUUCCAUGCCCAGAGGAUAAUAACUACUGCCUUCAGAUGGCAGGCAUCACAGGCUUUGGGGAAGGUAACCCUGUCUCCUGGAGAAACGGUUUCUGCGUGACCUCCAAGGACUGUAAAUUUGGCAACUCCAUCUAUGCCCUGACCUAUGGUGUUGGCUUUGGCUUCUGCAUCAACACCACCUGUUGCCAAGGCAACUACCAGGAGCCCACCCCUCUCGCAGCUCAUCUGGCCUCACACACCCUGAGUGAGAUAUUGUGUCCUACAUGUCCUGGGAGCUACUUGGAGCCCUGCAAUUCCUCCUUCUACAUGCAGUGUCCCAGUGGGGAAUCUGAGUGUAUCCAGCUGGACCUAACGUCUGAAGAAGGCGGCCGGAACGUGAGCGUACGCGGCUGCGGCUCCCGAGACCUGUGCAGCGCCCUGGACAGGACCCACGGGCUCUCUGUGCUCCCAAGACACUGGCUGUCGAGCCACUGCAGCGCGCACCGCCGCGCCGUCCUAGAGUCCCACUGCCGCUCGGGCGCCGCGCCCGGCCUCCGCCUCUCCCUCCCGGUUCUGGUGGUAGUCCUGGCGACCGCGACGCUGUGCUAAGGAAUCCCGCCUGGACCACCCCGCCGCCCGGGAGGCCCCCUCCACCUGUUUGUUCGGCACGUCGCUAGAUGGUGCCCUGGCUCCCCUCUGCUGGGGCAAUACGGAGACCUGGAAGCUUCUGGUGAGAAACUGAGGAAGCAGGGAUGAGCUUCCUCCCUCAGACUAGCGUUUCCCAAAGCCAGACCUUCUGCUCCAGACUCAGGGCUUACUCAAGGCUAAGUCCUCUUUCCUCACACCACGGUCCCAAAGGCCAUGCCUCCAUCAGCCUAGGGUGUGUCUUCCCCCCUCAGACUAAGGCCACUCACCUGCUGCUGAGAUCAGGCGUCUGCUCAACUAAGUUGGGGCGGGGCGCUAUACCUCCCCCCUCAGAUUAGCACCUUCCCCAAGGCCAAACCUCCUCCCUCAGAAGAGGGCUGUUCUUCUUCCUCAAGUUACUAAGCCUCCUUCUUCAAACGAGGGGGUACCCAAUAUCCGGCUGCUCCCAGACACCAGGGAUGUGUCUCUUCUCCCACACAUUGACAAGCAACUUCUCUUUUGUUCUCCCUCUUUGGGGUCUAGCAAAAUCCUGGGCAGCCAAGGCGGGGCUUGAGGAUCCAAUACACCCUCUUCCAAGGUUUUCAGAGCAGCCUCCUCCACCCCCACCGUGGGCCAAGACGGGGCAGGGGGCAUGGGUGGGGUGAGGAGCCCCUCUUCUGUGUGGGCCCAAUCUCCCAGCUGUAACCAGAUCUGAAUGAAUCACAUCUCACAAUGCCAA